CUAUGUUGCUGUGACACCAAGUGCUGGUUUUCGGGGUGUCGGACUGACCCAUGCAGGCAGGCCUGAGCCUCGACCCACUCGCGAGUAGCUUAUAUACAUCGUCGGGAUUCUAGACGAACAGGGCCUCCUACAAUGUCGCCGUGCACUUGGCUCCUGGCUUUCCUCUCCUUGUCUCUGGCCUUCCUCAUACUCCCAGCCUCGUCGGCACCGACGAGCAGGCUCUUACUUGCCCCGAUACCCUCGUAUUUCUGCUUCAACAAUGCCCUCAUCGGCUGGAACCUUCUUGUCUACCUCGGCACCAACUAUUUUCUUCAUUCCGUUUCUAUUCCGGCUGGUGCGGACAUCGAGCGUUACACGCAGCGCGUGACCCUCACCCAAGCGCUGUGGUGGAGGGCGACUCUGUCUGUGGUUUCGCUCUUCUUACCUUUUUUCGCGCUUGCGAGGACGACCAUACUCCUCGCUGAGCAGUUCAAGUGCAAGGGCAACGAUGUCCGCGCAGCCCUUCAACACGGCGCACUCCUCGUUGUCGUCCGAGGCGUCGAUUGGGAGCCUGGAGAAAAGGACGAGAUCAUAUACACUAAAGUUAUUGACCCUCGCACGACAACCGACGACACACCUGCAGGAGACCAAAAAAAGCAGCUGCCGCUGGCCACGAUAUCCUUCGACAAGGUCGAGGGUAAGAGGGCCUACAGUCGAGUCACCCAUGAAAGUAGAUCAUUACAUGGUUCAGUCCUUCCUCCGAUGGGAUAUUCCUUGGCGGUGCCGUUGCACAAGGCGUACACCGAAGACAUCAUUCACAGGGACUUGGAGGAUACAGGAAAGCUCAAGAUUCACCAUCCCUCGGGCAUCACGAACGUGAUUCUGUCCAUCUUCCAGAUCGUAUUCGCCAUCUUCACCCUAUACUUCACACCCUCAGACCAGAUCCCGCGCUGGGGCUACGCAGCGUAUGGGCUGUCGGUGUUCCCAUACGCGCUCAUGUCCGUGAUGAACCUCCUCUGCGCCGCGUUUGUCGGCGGCUACGCAUCCGGGCACGUUCUUCGAACACCCAUCCUCGAAGAGUCGCUCAAGAGAGGCGGAUUAUAUGCCCAGGUGGGCAACGACACCUGGGUGAGGUACGAUGGGCUGGUCGGGACAGUCCGGCGCACCGGCAGCCUGCCUCCCGUUCUUUCGAGUCAACCCCUGCCGCCUACUAAUGAAGACGCUGUUCAGCAUGCCGCGGGCGAGCCUAUCUUCGACGACACCCAGAUCGGCAAAACUGGGAGAGGAUCGUACGAGGCGGUGAAGAUGCGCAUGAAGCCUGACGGUGACAUGAAGCGUCUUUUUGUCACCGUCAAAGGCGCAAAGGAGCCUAGAGAAUACCAUUUGGUUACCGAGGACAAAGGUGAUGCACAAACAACGCGCUUUACCCUGUCCGCCCUCAGUCACGAUGGGCCUAUACCAGAAGAGAAGCUCAACGAGCACCAAGCAAUCACACCGCGCGAGGCCUGGACCAUCGCCUGCCUCUUCAUCAUCGCGCUGGUGUCUCCGCACGCCCUGAUAUACAGCCUCACUGGCUUCCAUCCGAACGGAAGCACCGUGGCCCAGAGGGGAUGGAUGAUGUCCUGGUUAGCGGCGGAUCAGGCCUCGUCGUUGUUGACGUUGUUCUUCUGGUACGCGUGGAAGAACUGGCGAUGUGACAUUCCUGACAUGGUUCACUACAUAUGCUUCGGGCUUCUCAUGAUCCCCGGGGUGGGAGGUAUUGUGACGGUCGCAUUGAUGUUCCUGACAGAUUAUAACUUCGGACCGAAUGCAUGCCUCAGCAGCAACAGCAGUAGUACACAGUACUUGUGGUUCGUAGAAUGAUAUUUAUGUAACCUAUGCAUCCAGGCCGCGUUCUCCGAUUAUCCCUGCUACUUAUAUAUCGAGCGCAAUACAAUGAGCCAGUAUUUAUCCAGGCUCUGAGCUGCCAAGACGACAAGUAAAACAAGAUUGACCAUCAUGUUCGAAUCUCC